GCCGACGACUCCGAUCCUUUCUAGGCCGCCCUGGACGCCGGCCUAUAAUCCCACCUGCUCCAUCCCAAUCAUUUCUGCUAAUCGAUUCAUUCAUCUAAUCUUCUUCGGAGGAGAGACUAAUCCAUAGCUGUUCUCAACCCUGCAGAUAUGGCCAACAAAAGGAUUCAGAAGGAGCUCAUGGAUUUGCAGAAGGAUCCACCGACAUCCUGCAGCGCUGGGCCUGCAGGAGCGGAUCUAUUCCACUGGCAGGCCAUGAUCAUGGGCCCUAGUGACAGCCCCUACGCAGGAGGGAUUUUCUUUGUCAACAUCCAUUUUCCUCCGGACUACCCCUUUAAGCCUCCAAAAGUGAAUUUUGAAACAAAGGUGUAUCACCCAAACAUCAACUCCAGCGGCAGCAUCUGCCUAGACAUCCUCAAGGAGCAGUGGAGCCCUGCGCUAACCAUAUCGAAGGUCCUGCUCUCUAUCAGCUCUCUGCUCACCGACCCCAACCCAGACGACCCUCUCGUCCCGGAGAUCGCGCAUCUCUACAAGAACCAGAGAACCCGCUACGAGGAGACCGCGAGUGCCUGGACCCAGAAGUAUGCCAUGGGCUGAUCCCUAUGUGUUCCUCGCCACCGGAGCCUUCCUGCCAUUGCAAAGACCAUUAUGCAAUGUCAGGAACUUGUAUGCCGAACUGCUUUCCCGCCUAAUGAUGAUACCCCAGAGACAUCAUAUGGUGUCGAUGCUCAUCGUGACUCUCUCUGAACAUGUGUGUACAGUAAUCAAAACCAGUACAUCUCUGCAUUCUGUGUCCGAACUUGAGGUGUAUACCCUGAAAGAGCGUCUGUAGUCGCGACAUUUGUGUGUACUCUCUCGCGUUGUCCGGAGACUAGUCAUACAUGUAUGUAUCAAGACAGAACAUUUCAAGACAAAAAAUGUAUUUCAAGACAGAACAUUUCAAGAAUUUCUGGUGUUUUGGUUUAUU